AAAUCUGUUGGACGGUGGUCUCUGGCAGAGCAGCAGAGGUGGAAUCCCUUUCCAGCAUGCUCCCGCUGGCCAAUGAGCACGGACGCCUCCCAGACAUAUGGGCUAGGCCUCCCCAAAAUAACCUGCGACCGAGGCGCUGACAAAUGUUGCUACUUUUACUCCUGACAGGUUACCCUAGCUACUCGCCUUCAUAUUUCCCCGUAAACGCCAAGGGUAACUCUGUGCGAGAAAAACGGGAAAGCUGGGCAGCUGCCUGUCCCAAGGUUUUCCUAGGUGGCAGCAAGUGGAAGACGGGAAUCUCCCACUUUGAGCACAGGUGCAACCUGAGGAUACACCAGUCCAUUCCCAGACGCCAGCUGGGCUUACUCUGAAGUAUGCAAGAAAACGCCGCUGAGCAGCCACCGUCGCUCUCUCAGCUCUUAAGGGAGAGCUACCUGGCCGAGGCCCGAGCGCAGCAGCGUCACAGCGAGAUGAGCCGUUCCGACGCGUCAUCGUCACGCCUUCAAAUUUUUGGCCUGCUCAAGGGAAAGGCUGAGGACUCGGCGGGGCUCCAUGAAAGCCAAUUGCCAGACCUGUCGGCAUUCCUCAGCCAAGAAGAGCUGGAUAAGAGCGUCAACUUGGCCCGCCAGGCCAUCGGACAUGAGCCCCGGGAGGAGAGGCCCGAGGUCAAAGCCGCCGUCACUCCGUCUGCCUCGGCGUCCAUUUCUUCGUCCACAACUUCCUCUGUUCCCCACACAAAGCCCUCUCCUGAUCCUUAUAUGCCCUCCUCCACUAUGCCUUUCACACAGCCGGUUGAGUCGCCAACAACGCAACCAAAGCUCGCAUUGGACAGAAAGCCACACAUAGCCUCCACGCCGCAGGACAACACCAUGAGGAACAAUAGUGAAGGUCUAAACCACUUGAACAAGUCGGUGAGGAACUCCCCAUUUGGGAUGGAGACCCAGUCCAAGAAAGAGUUCCUUAACAAGGCGGCCGAUUUUAUUGAAGAGCUUUCCUCUCUCUUCAAGGCUAACGCAUCCAAACGGAUAAGACCGAGAGCGUGCAAAGCCCAUCGGAGUCGGAACCAGAACAAAAGCCAGAACGAUGGAAAAAUUUACUCUGACGGCUCAGACAGCAGGGAGCGCUUGGCCAUAUCCGCGGACCUGGCGCAGGAUGGGUCUGAUGCCAUCGUUAGCCACCAGUCAGAGGUCCAGCCGGACUCUGGGAUUGGUCAUGUGGAGAUACAGGAUAGUAGGAUUUCUGAAGAGCAGCAAUUUGAGUCGAAAGAGGUGGAGGCGCCGGAAAAUUACAUUUUGACACAAGCUCCAUCGGGUGCAGACGAGCAAACAUGUGAGCCACCCCAUUUUAUCCAGAAACUGAAAAGCAGAGAAGUUCCUGAGGGUAGCAAAGUCCAGUUAGACUGCAUCGUCAGAGGACAUCCGACACCUGAAGUCCGGUGGUUCUGUGAGGGCAAGGAGUUGGAGAACAGCCCCGACAUUCAGGUCAUCACCAAUGGUGAGCUGCACUCUCUGAUCAUCACAGAGGCUUUUGAGGAGGACACCGGACGUUACUCCUGCUUCGCGUCUAACUUUUACGGAACUGACUCCACCUCAGCUGAGGUUUACAUUGAAGGCGCAUCCUCUUCAGACUCUGAAGGGGAGCCGCACUUUGAGCAUGUAGCCCACCUGCAGGGAAAACAGUCAGAGUCCACUCCACUAUCAAGCCACAUCACCGCAGAAGUUCAAGAGUCUUCAGUAAAUCAAACCACAAGAGAACCAGCAGAGGAGCUCAGCGCUCUUGUGACCCCGAAGGUCCCAGUUCCUGUGCAGACGAUAACCAACUCACCUCCAAGCCCAGAGCUCUCCCAAGCAUUGGCAGCAUCUACAGCUUAUCCAGAGGAGGCUGAAACAGGAGUCUUACCUGUGGAAGUGUUUCCGACGUCACCACCAGCACACCUCACAGAGGGUCAGUUGCUGCCUGGGGCUGCUUUGCUCACACCCGCACCACAGCUUUUAAACUCGGUGCCGCCGCUCCCCAACGCCGCUCCAACAUCGCAACCUGAGAGUCAAACAUCUGGCUUGAACCCCCAGCAAGACUUUAACCAACAAGCCGUCAUGGCUGCCCCUGUUUUUACAAAGAGUCUUCAGGACCUGGUGGCUUCAGAGGGGCAGCUGAUCGUGCUCGAGUGCCGUGUGAAAGGAGUGCCGUCCCCUCGAGUGGACUGGUACAAAGAGGCAAAAAUCAUCGAAGACUCUCCGGAUUUUCGAAUACUGCAAAAAAAGCCCAGAUCUCCAACUGAGUCAGAGGAAAUAUGUACAUUGGUCAUCGCUGAGGUCUUUACUGAAGAUUCUGGGAUGUUUACUUGCACCGCAAGCAACAACUAUGGAAAAACAUCCAGUACUGCAACACUCAAGGUCAAAGCGAAUGAUGUUAACAACCAUGCAAUUAGGCCUUUUUGUACUUUAACUGUGGAGCCCAGUCGAGUCCAAGAACCUUCCGCAUCAGAUCUCCGUAUCCCUCCUGUAAAACCCCAAACAGAUAUCGCUCUGACCAAUAACAUCAAGCCCCACGCCAGCACCAUCCGGUUGGAUCCAUUGGCCAAUAGCACUUUACGUUUGGACCCCUUAAACACCAGCACCCUUCGUCUGAACCCCAACAAGUCCAGCAUGCUGCGUCCGGACACCAUACGAACCAGCCUACAUGGUCUGGACCCCAACGGCUUCUCCGGUGGUCCCAGUCUCAACCCUCGCAGUGUUAGCACCCCUACCUUAGACCCUCACACCCUUCGCCAGGAGCCUCCAGGGAGCACAGGGCAACAGGCUCCACACCCAAAACCUUACACUGCACCACCUGCGAUGGAGCAGGAAGCAUCCAGAGCGAUGUUGACAUCACCUGACGCAAGUUCCAAUUACAAGGCAGCAUUUAAUCAUCAAAAUGGGGCAUCUGUUCCGUUGGCCCUUCCCAAUCCACCUCCUAACUCCUGCCUGAAGUCAGGGGUCCUGACAAACCACAAAGACUCCCGCUCCAGCGCCAGAGUCGGACUGCGUGUACAUUUCAAACUACCCGAGGAUGAGGAGGGCGAGCAAAGUGAGAUAUCCGCUCCACCUGCUGAAGACGCUUCUGAUGCACAGGUCAACAAAGGACCACCACCAGUGCUGACAAAACCCAGAUUGGACCCGGCGCAGCUCCAGCUCCUUCAUAACCAGGUUCUUAUGGAGCAGCAGCAGGAAAGCGAACCCUCAACCCAAACCCACAAUCAGCCUUCGAUCCAGGUUAAACCAGAGGCCACAAGCUCUCGCGAAGGUUCACUCUUUUCCCUCAGAGAAAACCGGGACUCCCAUUCGACCUAUCUUCACACCACCUCACAAAUGACGCCCAAAUCUGGACCUCCCCACGCCGUGACGUCCCCUGCACCGCCACGGAGCUCUGCUCCGGCGAUAGGCACCCCUCCUCCCCCUCUGCGAUCUUUUCCAUCCGCGUCGCAGGUUAAGACCACCUCCCUGGUGACGUUGCCUCCACCUAAGCCACAGCUCAACCACGCUCCUCCUUUCAGCGUGGCCCCUUCAAGCCAGAUGACCAGCAUCCAUGCCUCACACGUCAACCCGUCGACAACAGUUCUUACCAGAACUGCACCCACAGCGCAAUUUUCCUCUCAGCCAGUGUCAAAUUUCAGUUCGACUUCAACGGAUGUCACGUCUCCGGCUGCUUUCCUGAGAAGCACCCACGCUUCCCUCAUGAAUCUGACCGCGACCUCACAGGCUUUCAACUACACCCGCCCGAAAGAGUUCAUCACGGGUCAAACUUUCUCACCCGUCAGGAGCCCCUCUCCGACCGAAUCCCCAGUCCCGCUUCUCCAAGAACUGGCAGCUGCGCUCCACUCUUCCGCCACCAAUUCGCCAGCACUCCCUCCAUUCUCACCACCGACCAGGACCUUUCCCACAAGAGUGCUCCAGUCCCCAUCGAGCCCCCCAUCACUCAUAUCCUCACCCACACCGGGUUCGGCACCGACCUUAAACAACGCGUUUACCAUCAGAGCACAGUCCCCUCCACAGGCUUCCUCGCCCACCUCCAGCACCUCCACACCAAGUCCCAUCCAAAACCCCGUGGCUUUCCUGAGCGCCAUCCUGCCUUCCCUGACCUUACCUCAGCCUACCAACUCCAUGGGCCUUCCCAAAGGGGCACCUUCAGGGUUCACUAAGAAGGCGCCAAAGACACGCCUGCCAUCGACCGAAAUCACUCGCGAGAGCAAAGAUGCUGUUCUUUAUGACAUUGAGAAAAAACUGCAAUUUCAAGAUGAUCUUCCCAUUUUUGCCUAUCAGCAGAAGCGGAGUAUUGAGGGGAAAACAGCGAGCAGACCCCUUGUUGGACCAAACAUUCCAGCUACUGUCAUUAGCUAUGAUGAGGAGUACAAAGUUUCCAAUUUUGAGCAGAGAUUAAUGAGCGAGAUCGAGUUCCGCUUGGAGCGAACGCCAGUGGAGGAGUCAGACGAUGACGUGCAACAUGACGACGUCCCCUCGGGCAAAUGCAUCGCGCCCAUCUUUGACAAGAAACUCAAGAACUACAAGGCCAUGGAAGGCGUACCUGUUACUUUCACCUGUAAAGUUGUUGGCAUCCCCGUUCCGAAGGUGUACUGGUUCAAGGAUGGGAAGCAGAUCUUGAGGAAAAAUAUCCAUUAUAAGAAGAUAAGAGAGGGCGAUGGGACAUGUGCUUUACAUAUCGAGUCGACAACAGCUGAUGAUGAUGGAAACUACACCAUCAUGGCAGCAAAUCCACAGGGACGAAUGAGCUGUUCGGGUCAUUUGAUAAUCCACACAGGACCCUCCCGAAACCGACUGACUCCCAUUAACUCUCAGAGGGUACGAACUCGCGUACAGGAGGUUGAGGGAGAGCAAAGCCAUGAGCGUUUUUUCCAGCCUCACUUCGUCCAGGCUCCAGGAGACACGCUAGCACAUGAGGGGCGAGUGUGCAGGCUGGAUUGUAAGGUGAGUGGUUUGCCCAACCCCGAGCUCAUGUGGUUGGUCAAUGGUAGGCCAAUCUAUCCAGAUCUUUACCAUAAGAUGCUGGUGCGGGAAAAUGGCGUCCACUCUCUGGUCAUUGACCCCCUGACACAGAAAGACGCCGGCACAUACACCUGCAUUGCAAGCAACAAAGCAGGGCAGGGCUCCUUCAGUCUAGAACUCAAAGUUGUGGAGAAAGAGAUGAAACACCCUCCCCAGUUUGUGGAGAAGUUGCAGAACGUCGGAAUCCCCGAGGGGAACCCCGUCCGCAUGGAGUGUCGGGUGGUGGGCAUGCCCCAUCCAGUUAUAUUCUGGAAGAAAGACAAUGACACCAUUCCCAGAACACAGAGCAGAAUGAGCAUGCAUCAGGAUGCCACAGGAUAUGUGUGCCUCCUCAUCCAGCCAACCACCAAAGAGGAUGCUGGCUGGUAUACAGUGUCAGCCAAAAACGAGGCGGGGAUUGCGGCCUGCACCUGCAGGCUGGACAUCUAUGCACAGUGGCAUCAGAGCGUGCCGGCACCCAUGAAGAAGACGGCAGGUACGGGCAGCCGCUACGCAGCUCUCACAGGCCAAGGACUCGACAUCAAAUCGACUUUCGCCACAUCGGAGACAAACCCCUUCCUGUUCUCCAGCUCCCCUCCUGAGGCCACAUUGGAGAGCGAGGAGCUGUGAAGAGCACCUUCUUCUUCGGGAGGGGCACUGAAUGUUUACCUACUCGGAUUUCUGUGACGAGUUUGACAUGAGACACUCAGAGCAAAGAGCGAUUGUGAAAUGGUUGUGCCACUUGCUAGCACAGUGUCACCAUUCCGGUUUACGUAAGUCAUAUCAAGAGUGUUUCACACAUUAUUUUUAAAAAAAACAAAAAAAAACAUUUGCUAAGUCUUAGCUCAUGAGCCAUCAAUGGAGUUGAAUUUUCUCCAACAACUUUAAAUGAUUAACGUUUAUUUGUGCUGUUUUUUUUUUUUUUACUGUUGAGAAUAUAUAUAUAUAUAUAUUUAUAUAUAUAUAUAUAUAUAAAAUUUUUUUUUCUCAACAAUCUUCUUCUCAAAGUAGUGUCAUUUAUUUCUCCUUGCAAAACUUCAAAUAAUUUAUAUUUGGAUUAAGUGUAAGCUAAUUCAAGAGUUAUUUGAAGGAUUUCGGAAAGGCACUAUUUUAUUUAGGUGGUUGAUUUAACAUUGGAUUGUUUCAACACAAGUGCAUUAUUUAUAUAAUUUUAUUAGGCUACCAGUUCACCAUUUCGCACCCUGUUUUCCAUGUGUAUGCAUAUGUGAUGAUGAAUGGAAUUUUUUUUUCACACUAACAUAGGAAUUUUGUUAGUAGCUGAAACUGUAUGGGUAAGUGAGUCAGAUUAUGGUAAAAAUUGUUGUGACAUUACAGUGUCAGAAAGAAAAGUGAAGCCAAAAGGGCAAUCUGAGUGGUUUAAAUGAUUACCUUGGACAAAGAGAAUUUCAAGUGACUUAUAUUGAGGGAAGCUUUAAAGCACCUAUUUUACUUCUGUUAUGUUGCACACUGUAAAAUAGUUUUGUCUUGAGAAUAAAAUGAUAUUUAUUCAAGUGA